AUGGCCGCGGUACUGCACGGCUUGAGAAUCGACAUUGCGAAACUCUCGCUGUCAAAAGCGAAAGGCCUCUCUUCCACUGUGCGGGGAGGUAGAAGGUGGGGACAGCCACCGGGUGGAAUGUAUGGAUCAGUUAUUAGACGCCAAAUUGCGACGUCCUCCUCAUCGAUUACCCCUCGAGAGAACACUGCGAAUGUGCCAGACGUGGCUAGAAUAGAGCAAAAUGCGUCACUGUUGCCCAGCCAGGAUGAAAAGACGGGCGCGAUGGGUCAUUUUCUCAUCGACGCAGUCACCAACUGGGCGCGCCAAGGGUCUCUCUGGCCGGUUUCUCUGGGGCUUGCGUGCUGUGGAGUUGAGAUGAUGGCAGUCUCCAUGCCGCGAUAUGACCAGGAUCGGCUCGGCACCAUUUUCCGCGCUUCACCCCGCCAAUCAGACCUGCUGAUCGUGGCGGGCACGGUGACGAACAAGAUGGCCCCCGCGCUGCGGCUGGUAUAUGACCAGAUGCCGGACCCGAAGUGGGUGAUUAGCAUGGGCAGCUGCGCGAAUGGCGGCGGGUAUUACCACUACAGCUACAGUGUGGUGCGAGGCGUGGAUAGGCUUCUUCCAGUGGACCUGUUCCUCCCAGGUUGUCCUCCCACUGCUGAAGCUCUUCUGUAUGCUAUGGCUGUGCUUCGCAAGAAGUCCAUUUCGAACACGAAGAUAACGAGGAUGUGGUAUCGGAAGUAG